AGCGUCCUGCCAGACGACAAGGAAAUGAAAUAUUUGUUUGGGAAUUCCGUCAGUACCACCACAUUGGAGCUUCAGUCAUAGAGAAGCGAAGUUUGGAUAUACGAAAACGUGCUAGGCUAUGACACGCCGAUACGCCUAAGGGUGUUUGUUUAGGCUACCUAGCGCACGCUUUUAUCAAUGACAAUAGCCUCGCUGCGGCGUUGCAGAGACAACGGCGUGCUAUUUGGAGGGUGUUUUACAAGGUUAUAAAUCGAAGGUGACAUAAACCAGAGUGUGUGAGAACCAGCCGAGACUCCAACGGGAUUCGCGAGUCUCUCUGUGUAUUUUAACCUGAAAGGUAUGUUUUAUUGACAAACAACAGAGUCUCUACAGUGUGACAAGCUUACACUGGUACCGGUGGGAGAAGAAAGUUACCGCCCAUUGCCCAUUGGAGUUUUUUCAACGGACAUAACGUCGGCCACUGACCUCUUGCAUGUUAUACUAGUCUGCACUCUGCCACAGCAGCCAGCAACCCACAGACGCUUGCUUGGAUUUUAUGUUGGUGUGUGUUGUACAUGAAAAUCACUCGGAUGAAUCUGCAGAAGCUCAGCCUAUGGACUUUUGCGUAGGGAUUUAAACAUUGUCUUCACUUGCACGAGAGAAACAUCCCAACGCGCACGAAUUGCAUUUUAUGACCGAGUUUUCCUUUUAAUUGUCAUCCUCAAAGUGGCAACAGCUGAGGCGGUCGUGAAAGUGAAAAUGGGCUGGGCCGCCUAGUUCUCUUUGUGGGGGCAUCAUCUUUUAUGUGACCGAGCGCAGAGAUUUCUGAAGGUGAUCGCGCUGAGAAGCAUCGCCCGUGGUCGCUCUCGCUGACUGCAGCCGGAGCACCCCGAGUAAAGUCGCUGCUUCCUCUGCAGGAUAGCGACCGUAUGCGUUGGAUUACAAGAGCGGAUUCCGUGCCUCACGAUUUAAGCUUGCUAUCUGUACUCUCUGAACUGAGCUAAUUUUGUCUUUGCGUAGGCUCAUACGCUAUCCUACGGACAUUACGAAACCUGCGCCGUGGGUUGCAACACUCCUGGAAAAAAAUGAAAUAUUUUUGUUAACUAUAACAGUCACCGGGAACAUGUUAUAGCUUGGUAGUUGGAUUAGAAUUGUUUUACUACCACGACUACCGAGGCAGCAGAACCGUGUUCGAGGGUCGAACAUUUUCUGUUAUUUUGGAGACUAUAAUUUUCCAGUAUUUUGAGAACGACGAUAUAGCCUACUGCACACAACCGUAAGUCCAUCCAGGUGUGUCCCAAUUAGAUCUCCUACCGGAGUCGCUGGACGUUUGAUCAUUUUGGAAGUUCAGCUGCUGACUGCCGAAGACUGAUACAACUAUACUGACAGGGGUGAAGAGAGCAAGGGGAACAAGGAUGGGCUUUCAAACGCUUAUGAUGGCGUGUGCGCUCUUAGCGGGCCUGACCCCCAGCUGGGCGAAGCGAGUGGUGACCGUGCAGAGUGGUCCGCUGGUGCGGACGGAGGGCUCGCACACCACCAUCUGGUGCAACGUGACGGGCUACAAGGAGGGCAUGGAGCAGGACUUUGAGUGGUCUAUGUACCUGCCGUCGGUGCCCGACCGCGAGAUCCGCAUCGUGAGCACGGGGCAGCCCAACUACGCCUACGCCAUCUUCGCACAGCGCGUCAACAGCAAGGAGAUCUGGGUGGAGCGGCUGAGCGCCGACGCGGCGCUGCUGCACAUCACCAAGCUGGAGGCCAAGGACCAGGGCGUGUUCGAGUGCUACACGCCCAACACCGACGGGCAGUUCCUCGGCUCCUACAGCGCCCGCACCAACCUCACCGGAACUCCCAGACUACUACCUUGCUAGUGUGUUUUUUCCUCCAUGCCUUUCCUGGACACGAGGAAGAGAAAGAGUGGAAGAGGAGGAGGAUUAAAUUA